AAUUGACGGACGACAACAAAUAACGUGCACGUAGCUCGUAUUUCUCUACGUGGGUCUGGGUCGUGCAGAAAAAUAAGUAAAAAAAUAAACGAAGCUCCUAGUUGUACAAGUACCUACGAGCUCGAGCUCCAGUUCAUCUCGUUCGCAUGCAAACUCCGAAAAAUCAAUGAAGUCCAGCAUCAGCAAUUUAAUAAACGUGAUCGGAAAAACAAAGAACGUAAGGGCGCCAGACGAAUUCGGUCCACUUAGCAGACUUUAGUAGCAUCAGCAUCUUCUAUUUCUACAGAAAAAAAAAAUCCGUGUAUUCCGUCCAAGAAAAUUUCCAAAGUAGACAACGAAAUAGGAGUUCAGUGUCUUUUGCAAUUUACCAAGCAAAUACUUUCGUUCUCGAAUCAACAGCCACCCUCCGUCUUCAUCUACCCAACACCUUCCCCAUAGUAACUACUAUACGCAUACCAAUAACAUACACGACAACCCAAGAGUAGUUUGCAAUUACCCCUGCUCGCGCUUCUUGACAUUUUUCGUUGUUGAAUUUUUGUGACAACUCCCCCGUAGUAGACGAGUUUUUGUGUCACUCUGACUCAUUGCAGUAAAACUGAGUUCAUAACAGCUGAAAAAAUUACAGUACAAAUACGGUUCCUCAAUCAGUUUUGAUAGGUGGAGCAAGUUUGUUUUGGAUUAUCGUAUUUGAGGUUUGAUCGUUGAGAAGCAAUCACGCGACAAAAAGUAGACGUCAAAAUGUGCCAGCCCAACUCGUCCACUUCGACGAUGGUGGCCGAGCCGGAGGGUAGUACUUCCACCGGUACCCGCAGCAGAAGAACAUCUUCAGACAAAGACUCCGCAGCUGCGGAGAUGAAGCCCGCCGCAUCUUCACAAAUAAAGUCUUCCACUUCCUCAACGGCCCGACUCACUUCUGUGCCAGAGGUACAAAAGCCGAAAACCAGCAGCGAUUUAGUCACGAAACUGUCCGACAUCGAGCUGACCGACGAGAAAGCGGAGCGAAACGAGUUUCACUUUCGGUAUUUCGGGCUACUGGACAACUUUCUGAUCAAGAAUUUCAUGAAGGACAAACGGGAUUUACCUCUCGUUUACCUCCAGCUCAACAUCAUGACCUUUUUGGUCCCGUUUGCAGCGGCGGUGGUGUAUUUUAACACCUGGUACCUCGGCCUGAUCUACCUCCCGAUCCUGUUCGUCGGCUUCUUCGAGCGCUUCAUCCUCAUGAUGCACUUCUCAAGUCACAUAUGCAAUGUAAAUUUCCUGUAUAUGUACAAAAUGCAUGACAAAUUUCGCUACCUUGCAGAGUCCAACUUGGCAUGCUGAACUAGGAUUGAAGGCAAGUUUUGUCAUGCAGAGACUGCAUUUGUACGUGUACGAGAAAUUUACUGUGGAUAUCACAGGAAACUUUACCACAGCGAGUUUCUGAACAACAUCACGCUCUACUUCUACGCGCCCCUGUUCGGCACGCCGCCAGGUAUUGUUUGAUGUUCAUUUGAUGUACAGUGUUUAUGCUUAAAUAAUACCAGUCGCAUAACAACAAGAAGAUGUAUGUGCAUCUAGUAUGUCUAUGUCAAAGAUAAAGAAGUUGGAGAUAGUAUUCCUAGUCCUUUUCGUUUAUGCGUGCGCGCAUUUAUUUUUACAAAAAUGACCACUCCGGUGCCUCUUCCUGUACAAAAGAACGCAUGACCACCACGACAAACUUUAUCAGGUAUCUACUACCUGCACCACAUCAUAAUGCACCACGGGGAAAACAACCACGGGGAUGACGUUUCCGAAACCGAGUCCUACCACCGUUCCGAGCGCGGGUUCCGCGGGUUUCUGUUCUACUGGCUGAGGUUUCUCUGCGGGCUUUCGUUCGAACUUCCGCUCUACGCACUGAAGACAAAAAGGUACGACUGGUUCGCCACCUGCCUGGUGUCGCUCUCCUUCUGGGGCGCAACGAUUUUCGCGCUGGGGAACCUUUUCGGAUACACCGGCGUCACUUGCGUGUUGGUGAUCCCGCACUUCUUCGGCCUGACUGCCAUGGCAUUGGGAAACUACGCUCAACAUGUACUGCUUCUAAUUGAUUUAUAAAAAAUGUUUCGAUUAUUCAUUCGAUUUUUCUUAUUUGUUGAAGAAGCCCUCUUUAUUGCCCUCAUGCAUUUAUUUCUCUUCUGUCAUUCCCAUUCGUACAAUAAAUGAAUUUUUUGUAACGCUUGCAUUUGUCAUAGUAGUUGAAAAUCAAAAUAGUCGCAAAAGAAAAUACAAACAGGUUUUCGUCGACCCCCUGUCCCCCGGCAAUAACUACACGCUUUCCUACAACUGUCUUAACACGGAAGUGAACCAAACCACGUUCAACGACGGGUACCAUAUUAUCCACCACAUCUACCCGCGGCUGCACUGGACCGAGCUUCCCUCGAAGUUUCGCUCCACACUAGCGCAGCACAAAACGGAGCGGGCGCUGACGUUCAGGAAUACGUAUCCUGAGUAAAAACGUACCCACACCAGAGUCAGGAUGGGGAUUUUGCAACACAAACCUAGGAGUUUUGUGAGUCACGCAUCACAAGCUGCAGUCCGUAGCGUAGUGCAGGUUCGCAAGGCCAGCUGCAUCAGAAAUCCAUCUGCUCAUCCUGUUUACAGCAUUACAAAUUCCAAAACACGAUUGGAAAUGGUUCUCAUGGGGAUGCGCAUUACAAGUCUUCCUGUCUUUGCACAUCUGCAUUACAACUCUGGCGUGGGUACGUUUUUACUGAGGAUAAUACGCACUUUAUCCCCAUCGCGCUCUUGAUGCUGACCAACCAGAUGGAGAAGUUAUGAAAUGCAAAAGCAUCGUACUAGUAUAAAUUGCAUUACAAAUUACUUCAGCAUUACAAAUGAAAUUCGUAAUGCUGUUUUACCUUAGGAAAGAGAUUUGUCAUGCAUAACAGCAAUUACUACGAGUGCGAUACUUUUGCAGUGCAUAGAAGUUGGUCCGUGACCACUACGUCUUCAUCGACUGGGCAGCGGUACAGAGUGUUAUGAUUUGAUGUCUAUCUUUGGUUUUUGUGUAGCUAAAAAAUGAAUCACUAUCUUCACUUGUGAACUGCAUUCUUUACGUCUCAAAAAUCUGCAUCAUCAUAAUCAUGGCCACAAAGUAAGACACAACAGAUAAAAAACCUUUCAAAAUUUCAUCAACAUCCAAUAUAAAAAUCGCAUGACAAACUACAACAGGUCAAGCGCGAGGGUGGUGAAGUGCCCAUCACAUCGCUCGACAAGGAAGUCGUACCAACAGUCGGGGAAGUCGUGGCGGAUUUGGAACGGCGGUUGAGCUACAUCCCGCCGUAUGAUAGGAAGAUUCAGUAGAUCUAGCAGAAAAUGACGAGUUUGUCAUGCCGGUCUUUCUGGAUCACCAUCAUUAUACGACGAGUCAUGUUGGCCGCGAGGAACCGAAAUAACUCGUGUGCGGGCAUGAGCACCAUCAUGGGGCUGUGCAGAUCCUGCGCUAGUGGAUGUGCUCUUGAAAUUGUGAUGAUGUCAUUGCGAUUGCGUAAGUAGCGUACGUCACGACCACAGUUAUUUUUAUGCCACUGGUACUAGUACUACCCUUCUUAUUUGAUCGGUGCAGCUAGACUGACUUAAGCUCAGUAACGCUAGCUAGAAACUGGUCUCAUCAAAAAUUCAAAGUCAAAACUGGUGCUCUUCUUAUGGGAAUGUUGAACUGUGGGAUGAACAAAACAAACUUAGGCGAGCAGGAGGCUAUUAAAAACUUUCAAGUGAUGCUUAGCAAAAAUAACAAGCUGGAAGAUCAUGGGCAUCUUGCCUUUCCUUUCGUUCUCCUGCUAGACGACGGAGUGGGAGAAAGAUGAAUCAGGCCGAAAAUAAUAUAAAGCCGUAGUUGUCAACUGAAUUAGAAUUUUGAUGGAGUAGCGCUUGAAAGCAUGAUCGCCCUCACCACCAGCAAGACUCUGCCAGUUUAUUGCUUCCACGUCUCAAGAAGAGAAAUAGUGCAAGUACUUUCAAUCCGGAUUAUUUUCAGUAUGCAGACAAGUGAAAGUAAAAGUGGGAAUGACACACGAACACCUUCGUAGUUGACCAAAAAAAAAGAAAGAGAUACUGGCAGCUGGGGUAAUAUCAACAACGAUAAAGGAGAAGUGCAGCAAAUGUGAUUCCUUUGUGCAGCAAUUCAAGAAUGCGGGUGGUUUACUUUCAACCCACUCGCGCAUUCUACUUAUGGUUUGGAACAGUCAGCAUAGUAUCAAAAUAGCUCCCCCCCAGGAUAGAGUACAAAGACGACGGGAAAAAUACGGUAAAAAUUCGUUGGCUUGUUGUCCUGCUCUCUUUAUCUUCAGAGCUCGUCUUGCCAAGAAAACGACAAUUAUGGUCAAGCAGCAUAGCUAUCAUCUUCCGUGCGCAGGAGGCAUCGCCUUCGCGACUUGCCCCCCAUGAUGUCUUCAGACCAAAGAGUAGACGCAGGUUUGAGCUUGAAUAUGAAGUCCAAAUGAUAAAGACACGCUCCUAAAGCGAAGCGCUGUCGAAAAAAAAAAUCUUCGGACCCGAAAAAAUGUCAUGACUUCUUUCGGACUUUUUUGAAAGAAACUUUAUCGCCUUCUGAUCAGGGCAAGGACGGAGGAUGUUCUUGUGUUCUCGAAAACUGG